CGAGAAGCCGCUGCCCCCUGCGUCCUGUCCCGUGAGCGAGCGCGCAGCGCGGGGCCCGGAACGACGCCCCCUCCUGCGGCGCGGACUCUGUCGGUGGCCUGGGAGGAGGAGGAGGAGGAAUAUGGCUUCGAAGGCGAUCCCCUCCUGCCGUCUGGUCUUCUGCCUCCUGUUCUCUGCGGUUGUCCUCAGACCAGGUCUUGGACUAUAUACAGUAAAUUCCGCCUAUGGAGAUACCAUUACCAUGCCUUGUGGACAUGACAUACCUCAGAAUCUCAUGUUUGGAAAAUGGAAAUAUGAAAAGUCCGAUGGCUCCCCAGUAUUUAUUGCCUUCCGAUCCUCAGCCAAGAAGAGUGUGCACUAUGACGAUGUACCAGAAUACAAAGAUCGAUUGAGCCUCUCCGAAAACUACACAUUAUCUAUAAGUAAUGCAAGAAUCAGUGAUGAAAAGAGAUUUGUGUGCAUGUUAGUAGCUGAGGACAACUUGUUUGAGGCACCUACAGUAGUCAAGGUGUUCAAACAACCCUCUAAGCCUGAAAUUAUAAGCAAAACACCAUUUCUGGAAACAGAGCAACUAAAACAGCUGGGUGACUGUAUUUCAAAGGAUAGUUACCCAUAUGGUAACCUCACAUGGUACAGGAAUGGAAAAGUGCUGCAACACCUUGAAGGAGAGGUGAACAUAAAUUUUAAUAAGCAAAUGGACCCAGUAACUCAGCUCUUUACCAUGAGUUCAUCACUGGAAUACAAGGCGACCAAAGCUGACGUACAAAUGCCAUUCACCUGCUCCGUGACGUAUUAUGGACCAUCUGGCGAGAAUACUGUAUAUUCAGAACAAGCAAUCUUUGAUAUUUACUAUCCUACAGAACAGGUGACAAUACAAGUGUUGCCACCAAAAACUGCCAUCAAAGAAGGGGACAAUAUUACUCUGAAAUGUUUGGGAAAUGGUAACCCACCUCCUGAAGAGUUUUUGUUUUAUUUGCCAGGCCAACCUGAAGGAAUAAGAAGCUCAAGUACUUACACACUGACAGAUGUGAGGCGCAAUGCGACAGGAGACUACAAAUGCUCCCUGAUAGACAAAAAAAGCAUGAUUGCCUCAACAGCCAUCACAGUCCACUAUUUGGAUUUGUCCUUAAAUCCAAGUGGGGAUGUAACCAGGCAGAUCGGAGAUGCCUUGCCGGUCUCGUGCACUGUAUCUGCCAGUAGGAACGCAACUGUAGUAUGGAUGAAAGAUAACGUCAGGCUCCGAUCCAGCCCAUCAUUUUCCAGUCUUCGGUAUCAGGAUGCCGGAAACUAUGUCUGUGAAACUGCUCUGCAAGAGGUUGAAGGGCUCAAGAAAAGAGAAUCAUUGACUCUCGUCGUAGAAGGAAAACCUCAAAUCAAAAUGACAAAGAAAACUGAUCCCAGUGGGUUGUCUAAAACAAUAACCUGUCAUGUGGAAGGUUUUCCAAAACCAGCUAUACAGUGGACCAUCACUGGCAGCGGAAGCGUCAUAAACCAAACAGAGGAGUCUCCUUACGUCAAUGGCAGGUAUUCUAGUAAAAUUAUCAUUUCCCCUGAAGAGAAUGUUACAUUAACUUGCACAGCAGAAAACCAGCUGGAGAAAACAGUAAACUCCUUGAAUGUCUCUGCUAUAAGUAUUCGAGAACACGAUGAGGCAGACGAGAUAAGUGAUGAAAACAGAGAAAAAGUGAAUGACCAGGCAAAGCUAAUUGUGGGAAUCGUGGUUGGUCUCCUCCUGGCUGCUCUGGUUGCUGGUGUCGUCUACUGGUUGUAUAUGAAGAAAUCAAAGACUGCAUCAAAACAUGUCAACAAGGAUCUUGGUAAUCUGGAGGAAAACAAAAAGCUUGAAGAAAACAAUCACAAAACAGAAGCCUAAGAGAGAAAGUACUUGUCCAGAGAAAGAAACCCAUAUAGACCAAUUGAAGCAUGAACAUGGAUUGUAUUUAAGAUACAUGCAAAGACACUGACAGCAGCAAUUCAUGGUUCAAGUAUUCAGCAGUUCAUUUUAUCAAGCUGUCACGGGAUUUUAGAGAAUUAUCUCAAGUAAAACAAUAAAUGAAAUGAGAAACAAUAACAAAUUUUGGCAGCCAUGAUAAUAGGUCAUACGUUGUGUUUAGUUUGACUUCUUUUUUUCCUGUAAAUUGUCUGCACUGAGGAGUUGUUUUUGGUUUGCCUUUUAUGUAAAUUUUUUACGUAGCUAUUUUUAUACACUGUAAGCUUUGUUCUGGGAGUUGCUGUUGAUCCGAUGUAUAAUGGAAUGUUUUUAUUUCAAUUGUUUAUAUGGAUAAUCUGAGCAGGUACAUUUCUGAUUCUGAUUGCUAUCAGUAAUGCCCCAAACUUUAUCACAAGCACCUCGGACCCAAAGGUGGCAGCUUGUGAAGAUUGGGGUCACACACAUUGCGCUAGUCAAAGCUGUGAUUUUUAUCACCAAGCAGGGGGAUAAAGAGAGUCAGAUUGAAAAGCAUCAGAUGAGUUUGUUCUGCGUACAUGCCACCAGCUGACGCUUCAAAGUCAAACCACACACAUAUAUGGACACACAUACAUGAAAAUGGUACGCCCAAACUGACAAUUUUGUCUGUUCUUGGAAAAACGAAAAACAAAUCAUAUUUGAGGUAGCAUUUACCUUUGUAGACACCUGCUACUAAAUUCUUUUUUGUCAAAAGCAAAAGCAAACCAAUAUAUGAGAGACAGUUUGGAAAAAUCAUGGAUAACAUUCCCA